GUACAGUCCCACUUGAAACGGCCCCGGUAGACGCAAUGCAUUCUCCGAAAGCCUGCCCCACGUGUCCGAUCCUUGAACUCUUGAACUCUUAAACUCGUAACCGGGACGCCUCCCAUCGCACCUUCCCGACCAGUGCGGCUUUCUGCUGAAUACUGCCUGUCCAUCAUGGCGACCGAUGUCUCAGCCUAUAUCGAUCUCCUGCCAGAGCAGCUCCCUCCAGAUCCCGCUCGCGAGUGGAAGAUCAACCAUCCGGGCAAAAUCGACAAGCAUACUUCGCAGGUUCUGAUCGGCGUAUUCACUGCUUUUGCCACCAUAGCAGUGGCUCUCCGCAUCAUCGUCCACCUCCGAAAGCGCGGCAGACUCUUCGUCGACGACUACCUCGUCUUCUUCGCCACAGCAUGUCUCCUCGUCGAAACCGGCGUCCUCUACCACAACCUGCACAUGAUGUACGUUGAGGCAACGCUCGCCCACGACCCGAACAAUAUCGCGCUCUUCACCCGCGGAGACCUCCAGGAGUUGAUCAAUGACUACCUGAAAUGGAAUAAUAUAUAUAUCGCCUUCGCUUGGACGACAAAUUAUGUCAUCAAGCUCUCGUUCCUGGCGUUCUUCCGCGUGCUGGUGAGAGAUGUUUCGAGGGGGUUGAACUGGUACUGGUGGUUUGUGCUGUGCUUUACCGUCGCAUCCUGGCUCUUCAACUUCACCGAGAACAUGAUACUGUGCGGGGCCAGCAAGAGCUUAAAGUGUUUCCCAUAUCCGCGAUACAACCUCGAAAUGGGCGGUGCCAGCACUGCUGCCGACAUCAUCACCGACAUAAUGAUCGUUUCGAUUCCCAUCUUGCUCCUGCAUAAGACGCAGCUGCGCCUCAGCCACAAGAUUCGCAUCCUCACGUUUCUCUGCCUGAGCAUCGUCAUGGUCGCCCUUGCCCUUGCACGCCUCAUUCAUGGCCUGACUCGCGACUACUCUGGCGUGCUUACUUUCUCGAUGAUCUGGACUCAUCUGUGGCUGCACCUCGAGAGCAGCGUUGCGGUGCUCAUGGGCGGCGUUACAGCCUUCCGAACUGUAUUCGCCAGGCAAGUCAGAGACGAUGAUAAGGCCAAAGGGAGGAGGUCAAACUCCACCCUCUAUGAGUAUGUCCUGCGCUUCUUCGGCAAGAGCAGGCCAGCGGACAGCGAGAUUAGCUCGAGCGUUGGGGAGAAAAAGGAAGGCUUUUUGCAAGGCCCGCGGACCGGAGCGUCGCUGAAGGGACUGCGCACGUUUAUAAGAAGGCAUGACAGGGAGCCGGGCCAUACGACGGUGGAAGAUACGAUGGCGAGUUGCACGUACGAUCCGCUUGAAAGCUAUCACAACUUCAAACGCCACGAAGACGGGAACCAGAAGACGCCCAGUAGCACAACAUUCCAGGGUAGUGGCAGUAUUGAGGAUUACGAAAUGCCGGGACGACCGCUGCCGGUACUACAGACACAUAACAUGGUCUGAGUUGGGCGGAAAUGAAAUACAAAUCUUACCAAGCUCUUCUUGAUGGCGCGGUGGUCGGAUUUCCUCGC